CAUUUCAUUUCAGAAAAAGAUUUUCGAAAAUGAAGAUGAGUAAGAUGCUCUGCUUGCGAAGGCGAUUUUCGAGAAGAGCAAGAGCUGCUCCUCUCGUUGUCCCUGUGAAUGCCAAUCCUGUCCUUGUUGCUGUUGCUCAAGAGCAAGUUGCUCUCCCAGCUCCCCUUGUCGUCCCUGUGCAUGCCAAUCCUGUCCUUGUUGCUGUUGCUCAAGAGCAAGCUGCUCUCCCAGCUCCUCUCGUCGUCCCUGUGCAUGCCAAUCCUGACCUUGUUGCUGUUGCUCAAGAGCAAGCUGCUCUCCAAGCUCCUCUUGUCCCUGUUCAUGUUGCUCCAGAAGAAGCUGCUCUCCCAGGUCUGACUGUCAACAGAAACCAUCUGAUCAGAGAUCUCCCACGCCCUGUUCAACGUCCUCCUGUUGUGCAAGUGUCUCAGCCUCAACUUAGCCGGUCUGCAAGGAAAAAGCUCAAUAGAGGUCCUGGGACCAUGAGCCUCACUGCAGCACAGAAGAGGAUGUUUGGUCAUAGGAAGGGUAAGAAGAAGCACCGUCGUCGAAAGUAUGGUCAUAGCUAUUAAGCUCCCAGCCAGCAAAACAGGGAUGCAUCUUGCAGUGAGCUCAACAAGGAUUUCUAAACUCUCAUUAUAUCCUGUGAUUGAGCGAUACACUGGUUUUGGUUUGUGAUUUCGGAUUUACCAUGUGCACCUUUUGCAAAACAUGGAUUUAGAUUGCAGUGAGCUCAACAAGGAUUUCUAAACUCUCAUUAAAUCCUGUGAUUGAGCGAUACACUGGUUUUGGUUUGUGAUUUCAGAUUUACCAUGUGCACCUUCUGCAAAACAGGAAUAUACUUGGUGUCUGUUUUGGAUUUAAGUAAUAUCUGCUUCUCUCUUAAA